AGGGAAAUGGUAUGCGUCCAUUCAGUGAAAAACAAACCGCUAGCUCUUCAUUUGGCUUAGGUUCAUCUGGUGAUUGUGAUUUUGGAACCUCCACCACUUCAUCUGUUAUAGGUUCAAGUCAUGUUGGUAAAGUAGGAACCUCUACUGUAAAUGAUGUGCCAGGAUCCAGAAAGAGGAACCUAUUCGGAGGUGGUGGCCAGAACCAUACUGCACGAAAGCUUUCAUUAGUUUUGGGAGUUCAUCCAAGUCCCAAUCAAAAAGCAAGAAAAGAAAGCUUCAUUGGCAACAAAAAACAAAGGCCUCUCUACAAUCAUUAUGCAAACGGUUCUGGCUGGUGGGAUUGUGACAUGGAAGGUGUUGACUCGGAGGAAGUAGGCUAUGGUGAAAUAUGGGAAGGGGUAGGCUCCACUACAUUUGGAGGAAUAGAAUGGCAUUAAUUAAUUGGUCUGUGAAAGUAUGUUCACUCACGGAAAACUCCUUCUCGGAAUGUUUUUAAUUAUGUUUAGAUUAGCAUAUGUUAAUCAGAUUAUUCUGUAAUUCAUGCAAAUCAGGAUGACUGGAGAAUUAGCUCACCCUGUUAUAUCGUCAUCCUGAUGACAUCCCAGUGAUCCCUCCACUUCUCAAAAUGGUUUUUAGAAACAUUGUCUUGUUCUAGAAUAUAAAUCGGAUGCCGUAUUCUGGAAUAUAGAUUGGAACCUGUCUUAUUUCCACGUGCAUCACAUCAAAUAUGGCAAGCAUUUCAUUUUUGCUCAA